AUGUCCACAAGCCCUAACCACCCCACUCUAAUAUAUAUCACGCGGCUCCUUCAUUACUCUGGAUAUGCCUCGAUAGUGUCGUAUUUAGUGGCAUUGUUAGUGAUUAAACCUUUGCUCCAAAACAAAUCUCGCUUGCUUCAAAGUUUCUACCUUUCUAAUAUCAAGAGCUUGAAUAAACUAUAUCAAUCCCUAACACGGAAAUUUAAUGUUGUGCCGAGUUUGUUGGUGACCUACAACACCGGCAGUGGAAAACAGUACAGUGAUGCAACCGUUCAAACAGACAACUCUAUCAGUGCUAUCAGAAACGACCCAAUAUUCAACAAAUCAAGCUAUGUUACCACUUGUGCGGAAUCUUUGAAGAGCGUUGGUGAGUUGAAUGAAAAAUUGGAAAAUCUCCAUAAAAAAUUGACAAAACACAACUCGAUCAAUUAUGUGAGCGAUUUGAACUUUCGAUUAACCGAAUUCAAUUCUCAAUUACAAUCGGAUAGAUUGUGCGAUGGGAGAGUGUUUGAUAAGAAUAAGGUUGGUGAAGAAAUCCGUGGUAAAAUCAGAAAAAUGAAAGGUACUAUUUUGUCGAAUUGA